GCAGCAUAACCAGUCGAAGUGAAUUUCUUGUGGUUGUUCGGUAAUUUUGAAAGUUGAAAGAAGCAAGGACAACCAAAAGGAUGAUACACUCCGGGCGCACCAAGCUCGAGUGUCAAGUGAAUUACAGUGACGUAAAUCGCUCCCUCUACUGCACACUAGUCAGUGGUUCAUAGCUAUGGCUUAGAUGCCGUUAUCUGAUGACUUCAUAAUUUUACUAUCAGUCUAGCACUUGUUUUGUGAUUGGUUGGAUUAAGGCUGUUCGGUUGCUGUUCUAUUCAGAGCUAAGCAUUCAGUCGCUCUUCGUGAAGCGUUGACUAUUCUAAGAAUUGCUGCAAAAAUAGUACCAAGUAUAUGUAUAUUCAAGCUGCAGAAUUGGAAAACGUUGAUGAAGAAGUAUAAUAUGCAAAUAAGAAACAUUACGAAUGAGAAUUAGACAAUUACAAAUGGUAUGAGCAAGAGAGAGAAAUAUGGAUAAGCAAGUGACGCAAAAGCACUCUGUUAUGAAAUUAAAGGAGUUGUAUGUACAAAGUGACUGUUGACUAUCGGCGGAGACAAUUAUCUAAUUCAUUUAACGGAAAAAAGCAAGUCGAAUCGGCGUUGGUGGUGGAGGUCAGAUACAAGGAGUCGAGGAAGCCGGAAGCGGCGGGGGUCAGUGGUGGCGACAACAGCAACCCUCGCAUCAUCAUCAUCAUCAUCACCAUCAUCACCACCAUCACAGUGGUUACUACACUGCUCAACACAAUCACAACAAUCCUGUCACCACGAUGAAGCAGUCUUACAUGCAGUUGACACGAGUCUUUCAUGAUGAUGAAGCACAGAUUAAUAAGAAGCUUCCAAAGGAACUUUUACUUAGGAUUUUAUCAUACUUGGACGUGGUUUCGCUGUGUCGAUGUGCCCAAGUCAGCAAAGCUUGGAACGUUCUGGCCUUGGAUGGAUCCAACUGGCAGAGAAUUGAUUUGUUUGAUUUUCAACGGGAUGUCGAGGGUCCCGUUAUUGAAAACAUAUCCAGACGCUGUGGUGGAUUUCUUAGACAGUUAUCAUUGAGGGGAUGCCAAAGUAUAGGGAACAAUUCGAUGCGAACAUUGGCCCAAUUAUGUCCGAACAUUGAAGAGCUUAAUCUAAGUCGAUGCAAAAAGAUAUCGGACACAACGUGUGCUGCGUUGAGUAGUCAUUGCCCAAAAUUACAACGACUGAAUUUAGACUCGUGUCCCGAAGUGACGGACCUCUCUCUAAAAGAUCUCUCCGAAGGCUGCCCUCUUUUGACGCACGUCAACCUCUCGUGGUGCGAACUUCUCACGGAUAACGGGGUUGAAGCUUUGGCCAGGGGAUGUCCAGAGCUAAGAAGUUUUCUUAGCAAAGGUUGCCGGCAACUAACUGACAGAGCCGUCAAAUGUUUGGCUCGGUAUUGUCCUAACAUGGAGGCCAUUAAUUUACAUGAAUGUAGAAAUAUCACUGACGAUGCUGUACGAGAGCUUAGCGAGCGGUGUUCCAGACUUCACUACGUUUGUUUGUCCAACUGUCCUAAUCUUACAGACGCAGCGUUAGUAACACUGGCGCAACACUGUCCAUUAUUAGGAACACUUGAAUGUGUUGCAUGCACGCACUUCACUGAUGCUGGGUUCCAAGCCUUGGCCAGAAAUUGCAGAUUAUUGGAGAAAAUGGACCUGGAGGAGUGCGUCUUGAUUACGGAUGCCACCUUGAUACAUUUGGCCAUGGGAUGUCCUCGACUGGAAAAACUCAGCUUAUCCCACUGCGAACUUAUAACUGACGAGGGUAUUCGGCAACUGGCACUAUCCCCAUGUGCGUCCGAACACCUGGCAGUUCUGGAACUGGACAAUUGUCCUUUGAUCACUGAUGCCAGUCUUGAUCAUUUGCUCCAAGCUUGUCACAAUCUACAGCGCAUCGAACUCUAUGACUGUCAGCUCAUCACUAGAGCUGGCAUACGAAGAUUGAGGACACACCUUCCGAACAUAAAGGUUCACGCAUAUUUUGCACCAGUCACACCUCCACCAAGUGCUGGAGCAUCGAGACAACGUUACUGCAGAUGUUGCGUGAUACUGUGAUCUGUUCAUUUGUUUGAUAAUUAAACGUAAUGGGCUACUGUUGUGAUUACGGGAUUUGUGAACGGUUCGCGAUACCCGGAAUCGGGAGAACGAUACAUGCCUGAUGCGGUGAAUCACUAUGCAAUGUUGGCUGACGGCGCGAAUUGAAUCUUCGAUGAUCAAUAGCCCGUGUACUUGUCAACGAUUGAAUAAUAAUUCAUUAUCUAUUAUUGUUUAAUGCGUUCUGCCCGUCUCAUGCUUGGAGAGUGAAUCACGAAUAGAUUUUGUUGCUGUGCAUCUGAGUCGUUGACACAUGGAUAGCGUGUCGCUAGUGCUGGAAGUCAUUUCUACAUCGCACGAGAUUUGUUGCUUUACUCGCACAGUGCGAGUAACAGUGUGAUAAUCAAGUCUAUACCAUUAGUUUCUAUAUUUCUACUUAUCGUUUCUUGGUUUCUUAAAAGCCAAAGCGUACGACACUCGGUACAAAGACGCAAUGCUGCUGUCAGAAAUUUGGUAACUGGUUGAAACUGGUAUUUUUUUUACCGCGUCAUUAUUUGAUUCGACAGACCCGCUGGGGAUUUUAUUUCGUUGUUUCGUAACUUAUAUCUGUCACAUCGUAAUGCGUAACUAUUUGCGAAUUGCCCAAGUAUUAUAUGUACAUGUAAUCAUUAUCAUUAAUUUUCUUUCAUUUUUUACUCAACUUGGACGCUUUUGUCGUGAUCCUGGCUAGGAGAGUACAGAGACUGACAAACGGAUCAAAGCGUAAUUUCAAUUCACGUUUGAAGUACAUAUUUCUCAGUAGCCUACCGCAGAUCAGAUACACUGGUAUGUGUAAUCAGAAAUUGCAUUCGUAUUAUACAUGUAUAUGUGGGGCAUUCCUCUUCAACUAUACCAACAUUCGCGGGAAGUUCGGUGAAAUUUUUUUUAUGGGAUUGAGUAAAGCUACGUAAAUAGUUGAAGAAAUUGAUUUUCAUGACUGUGGCCCGUCAAUAAUAAUAACAAUAAUAAUUAUCAUUCAUGGACAACUAAUGGUUUGUGAAAAUAAUCGUACUCAGAACAAAUGUACGGUUCACAGAUGUCAAUAACGUGGCAAAACAUGGAUAAAAUCCUAAAUGAUCAAGGUUGAAUGUUGGUCAAGUUGGCAUGGAAUAUCCCAUAUCUAUAUACAGUAAGGUGAUAUGUACACGAAGUAAUCAUUAGUGGCAAUAAAUUUGCCGCGAUAUACCUUAUAUAUUUGAAUAAACUGACGAUAAUCUAAAAAUAUAUUAUAUAAUAUUGUAAGAAAAAACGAGAAGAAAAUUUCGAGAAAAGCGGAAAGAAAUGAAAAAAAAACAAUUGAAACAAAUUACCCAUAAUAAUAAUAAUAAUUACCAUUAUUAUUAUGAUAAUAAGAUAUGUUUUAUACGCUGCUGGUCGUCUUUAGAAUUAUACGUAAUCGUAAAGUGUAGUCUGUGCAAAUGUUGAUGUAUGUUACUAAUGCGUAUGUAUGCUAUUUCACUAAAUUUGGCACCAACGUAAUGUAUUCUUUUUAUUCGUUGCUAAAGGUAGCAACACUUAGUUAUUCGGUAUUUCCGAUGAGGCCGGUGCUAUAUCAACAUUAGCUUGGGUGUUGGUGUUAGGCUUAGUGAAUAAGUCGUUUCGAAUAAUGAGCCCUACACAUUAUAUA